CUGCAGUUAUACUUUCAAUAUAUAUAUAAUAGAAUUAAUCACCUGAUCUAUCCUUAAUUCUCUUCUUCUCAUUUUUCUUCUACGUACGUACGUACCUAUACUAUACUAUAAUACAAUAAACAAAAAAGUGAAAAAGAUGGCGCAUGUUCAGGUUGCAAAUGGCGUGAGGAGCUCACUCUAUGUUGGUGAUCUCCAUCCCUCACUAAAUGAAACACAGCUUUUUCAAUUGUUUAGCCAAAUGGGUCAACUCAUUUCCGUUCGUGUCUGCAGAGAUUUGAUCUCAGGACGAUCCCUCGGUUAUGGCUAUGUUAAUUUUAGUAAUCCGCAAGAUGCUUCUCGAGCAAUGAAUGUCAUGAAUUUUCGGGUUGUUAACAGUAAGCCAAUUAGAAUAAUGUAUUCUAAUCGGGACCCGAGUAUUCGAAAGAGCGGAACUGGCAAUAUAUUUAUUAAAAACUUAGAUAAAGGAAUUGAUUGUAAAGCUUUACAUGAAACAUUUUCAAGCUUUGGCAACAUUUUGUCGUGCAAGAUAGCUACAGACGUUUGGGGUCAGUCUAAAGGAUACGGUUUUGUUCAAUUUGAGAGUGAAGAGGCUGCACAGUGUGCUAUCGAGAAGCUUAACGGGAUGUUAUUUAAUGACAAACAAGUUUUUAUUGGACCUUUUGUUCGGAAAGAGAAAAGAAAAUUCAACAAUAUUUAUGUAAAGAACUUUUCUCGAUCUUUGAAUGAAGAUGAUUUAAGCAACAUUUUUGGUGAAUAUGGAAGUAUUACCAGUGUAAUAAUUAUGAGAGACGGAAAAGGAAAUUCAAAAGGUUUUGGGUUUGUGAACUUUGAAGACGCCGAUGAUGCAGCUCGAGCCGUUGAUGGUGUUAAUGGAAAGAAGUUUGAUGAGAAAGAGUGGUAUGUUGGGAAGGCCCAGAAAAAAGGUGAAAGAGAAAUGGAAUUGAAAGAAAAAUUUGAGCACAAAAAUAAAAGAGUAAAUCAGUAUGUUAAUCCUAUGCAUCCAUUGUGUGCUCCAGGUGUUGGACAACAACUAUACUAUGGUGCUAUGAUUCCUCCCCAACCCGAGUUUGGGUUUGGGUUUGGGUACAACCAGCAAUUACUCCCAGCUAGAACAGGGCUUGUACAACAAAAUGGGCAACCUCCACUUAUGCAGCCUCCACAGAUGUCCACAGCAGAACAACAGAGGAGAUUGGUGGGAAACAAGUUGUAUCCACUUGUGGAGCAAUUGGAGCAUAAAAAUGCAGCUAAAGUCACUGGCAUGCUUCUAGAGAUGGACCACACACAGCUUCUGCACUUGCUCAACUCACCUCAUGCCUUGAAAGCCAAAGUUGCUGAAGCUAUCUAUGUUUUGAGGAAUGACAACCUUCUUGUUUCUUAGAGUUUAAUUUCUAGGAUUAUUAGCACCAUGCCAAUUCAACAUCUCAAUUUUAAAAUUUUCUUCUUAGUUUUUUAGUUUCUGCUCAUUGAGCUUUUUUAGUCUUAUAUAAAAUUUUAUUAGGAUAUAACUCUAUCAUAGAAUUUAUCAUAUAUAAUUAUGCAAUACAUUAUACAUGUAAAUUAUUUCAUUAAUUACAUACAUGAAUUUAUUAUCUUUCUACUUCUACUUCCAAAAGGAAUUAAGUUCAUUUUGUUUUUGUUUUGUUUUUCAGUCUAUGAAUUUAAAUAUAAAAAGUUGCAUUCUCAUAAAUCCAAUGGAGCCCUCUUGUGGAUCUUUAUGAGGAAAAAUAUGCUCUGCUCUAAUUUUGAUUUUAAUAAAACUAAACUAUUGCACAGUAAAUGUGCCUUAUAAUAUAUGCAGCUCAACUCAAGUAAAGAGUCUUAGCAAAAGGGAUUAGUUAUUAAUCCUAAUUAAUUAAUCACCUAAACUUACAAUCUAUAUGGUCAUUGUUUAGAGCAACUGUAAGGAGACACUAUAAUUUAGAUUUGGUUUAUAUAAUUUAUUGGGUAAAUACUAUUUUGAAUCCUGUAUUUUGCAAAAAUUACUAAUUAGACUUUCUGUUUUGUUAUAUGAAAAAAUA